AUUGUGGACCCUAUUCAAGAGUUGCAUGGCUAAGCUUGGACUACGAUACAAAGUUGGUGUUCACGUGGAUUCUUGUUUGGGUGGUUUUGUUGUACCCUUCAUGGAAGAAGCUGGCUUUGAAAUGGACCCUUUUGACUUUCGUGUUGAGGGCGUGACGAGUAUCUCCGCUGAUACGCACAAGUAUGGCUUUGCUCCCAAAGGAACUUCUGUCAUCAUGUAUUCGAGUAAAUCUAUUCGUCGCAUGCAGUAUUUCGUGGCUUCUGAUUGGACAGGAGGAGUGUAUGCCACGCCCUCUAUCGUGGGUAGUAGAGCGGGAAGCCUCAUAGCUGCCACGUGGGCUACUCUACUGUACAUGGGACGCAAUGGUUACAUGGAAUCAACCAAAAAGAUUGUGACAACCAAUCGAAAGAUUGCAGCCGAGCUCAGCAGAGUACAUGUAUACGUUCUUGGGAGUCCAAAGGUCAAUGUUGUGGGUGUGGCUUCAAAAGAAUUUGACAUAUUAUUUCGCGUGUAUGAGAAGUUGAUUGAGCGUGGUUGGCAUAUCAAUGGUCUGCAGUUUCCAUCAAGCAUUCACUUGUGUGUGACAAUGCUACACACUAAAGAUGGAGUGGUUGACAAGUCUGUGCGUGAUGUGUCUAAAGUGGUGGCUCAAGUGGCCAGUGACCCCAAGGCUGCGUGUGGAGGUGUGGGGGCCAUGUAUGGUGUCUCUCAAACCAUACCAGAUAGAUCUGUCAUCAAUGAAAUAGCUGAGGGUUUCAUUGAUAUCCUCUACAAGUGCUGA